AUGAAAAAUAGAAAAGUUGCAGUUUUGGCAAACUUGAAGGCGUCGAAACAGAGGGGAGUGAAAUCAGAAGCCAUGUUGUUGGCAGCGGAGAAAACAUUCGGCGAUGAUGCCGAAUCGAAUGACGUAAAGGUUGAGUUGAUCAAUCCACCUACAAACGCCAAAAUAGGAGAAAAAUUAUAUUUUGAAGGCUUUGUAUUAGACGAGUAUCCCUCGAAGUUAAAGAGUAAAGCAUGGCAGGAGAUACAGAAGCAUUUGAAAACGACAUCUUCGGGACAAGCUGCAUAUGUGACAGACGAAGGUGGGGAGUGUCUCUUGAAGUCCAUUAAUGAAGCAUCAGACAGUGCUUUCGCAGAAACAUUGAGAAAUGCAAUAAUACGUUAA